AUGGGGAGCACUCCGAAACAACCCAACUUUCUAUUCAUUCUCGCCGAUGACCUCGGCUUCUCAGAUAUAGGCUGCUAUGGCUCGGAAAUCCAAACACCCAACAUCGACCGACUGGCCGCCGAAGGGACACGCAUGCUCAAUCACCAUGCCGCCGCCGCCUGCUCACCAACCCGAGCAAUGCUACUCAGUGGAACAGACGCGCACCUAGGUGGCUUAGGCACUCUGAUAGAAUUCAAACAAAACGUCCGGGGCGCAGAGCGGUGGUCAGGCAAGGCGGGCUACGAGGGCUUUCUCAACCGUGACGUGGCUACUUUGCCUGAGAUCCUGGAGGACAAUGGGUAUUUUACUGUCAUGUCUGGAAAGUGGCAUCUUGGUAUGCGCACGUCGCAAGGGCCAUGGGAACGAGGGUUCCAGAAGGCAUUUGCGAUGCUUCCUGGAUGCUGCAACCACUAUGGAUGGGAGCCGGUGCAGGAGAAGUUUCCCGUUGGCGGCCGACCUAUUCACGCCGAGAUGGGCCAGAAAGUCGAUAUAACACCCAACAAGACAGAAGACCCCGAGGGAUUCUACUCGACCGACUACUACACCGACACUCUGAUUAAAUAUUUCGAAGAGCGAACGGAGGAGGAGAAAUCGAGGCCCUUCUUCUCGUUCCUACCAUACACUGCGCCCCAUUGGCCUCUACAGUGUUCGCGCGCACAGCGUGAUAAAUACAAAGGAGUCUAUAAUGAUGGCCCGUACGCCCUACGCGAACGCCGGCUUAAGAAACUGGUCGAGAUGGGCAUCAUCGACGAAUCCGUCGUCCCCCAUAAAGUUGAGACCAGCAAAGUUGGCACUGGAGAGUGGGACACUCUGACGGCAGAGGAAAGAAAGCUGUCGACUCGUGCAAUGGAGACGUAUGCCGGCAUGGUGGACUCGAUCGAUGUUAAUAUUGGCAAGGUGGUCCAGUAUCUGAAGAAGACUGGCGAGUACGACAACACGUUUAUUGUCUUCAUGAGCGACAAUGGGGCAGAGGGGGCAGCGUACAUACUACCUUGUAUUUGCUAUGGUUACGGAACUGUCUUAGGAACCGACAUCAAGUCAGCCAUCCACAAGUACUACGACAACUCCUACGACAACAUCGGCGCCUACAACUCAUACACCUGGCUCGGGCCACUAUGGGCACAGGCAUCGACUGCGCCCUCAAGGCUAUUCAAAUGCUUCCCAUCCCAGGGCGGCAUUCUAGUUCCCUGCGUAAUCAAGCCCCCUGCAAAUAGUUUCCCCCCGUUAUCCCCAGGCUCAUUCAGUCGGUCAUUUACCACGGUCAUGGACUUUGUUCCUACAUUUCUUGAGCUGGCGGGUGUAGCUUUACCACAACCUACAACUAGCAGCAGCCGCGCGAUGACUAAAUUCCGCGGUAGAGAAGUGCAUGCUGUUCGGGGUAAAUCGUGGGUACCGUUCUUCGGGCGAGGAGAAGGUGUUGAACAAGAUCCCACAUGGGCAAUCCAUUCCUCGUCUGAGCCUGUUGGGUGGGAGCUCUCAGCCCGUGGAGCGCUGCGCAAGGGAGACUGGAAGAUUGUCCAUUUUGCAAAGGCGCAGGGGGGCGCGGGAGAGGGAGGCGAUGGAUGGGAACUGUUUAAUGUAGUGCAAGAUCCCGGGGAGACGAAGGACGUAGCACAGGAUGAGCCAGAGAAGCUUCAAGAGCUGUUGCAGUGUUGGGAUGAGUAUGUGGUUGAAUGUGGAAUUGUGUGGGGAGAAAGCGCUGUGGCGCCAGGGCUGGGCAAAGAUGAGGCACCAGAGCUGUGGGAGGACGAGAUGGAGUUACAGAGGUGCUGGAUGGAUGCUCGAGGGGGAGUUACGCCUGGAUGUUACGAGAAUUCAUCGGACGCGCACAGGAUGCCAAACAUGCCGAUCUCGGAAGGUCAGCAGAUCAAAUGCGACGAAAAGAAGCCAUCCUGUACACAAUGUUACAGGGGAAAAAGAGCAUGCACCUGGGCCGCAGAGGAACCGAAACGUACCAAGGUCGCGCGUAGAGCAAACGCGACAGCGUGCGAGGGAUGUCGCGACAAGAAGCUGAAAUGUACCGAUGAUAUCAACAACGCGUGCGAGAGAUGUCGAACACUCGGCAUUGAGUGUGUGAGACCUCGACGGCGUGCUGGGCCUGCAUCGCCGACUCUCUCGGACAGCUCUCCGCCAACAAACACAGUGUCCUCCCGAGGAGUAGAGCCCGGUCAGCUACCAGAGGGAAAAGAGCUUCACAACCUUGUUCAGCUGUACUUCGCAUCGGUCUACAAUUUCGGCUUCUUUGCCUUCAUCCACCCGCUCCAUUAUCAACGCCUCCUCGACAAUGGCAAAAUCCCCCGAGAGUUGACUCUAAUAAUGAUUGCCAGCGCUGCUCGGUUCGGUGCUCCAGCCACCCCUGAAAACCUUGCCAGAGCAGAUGCCUGGGCAGAUGCGGCCAUCGGUGCUCUUCUCCCGCGUAUCUAUCAAGGAUUCGGGGUUGUUCAACUUAUGGUGCGUAGAAAUAAGUCUGUUUUAGAGCAGCUGAAUGGGCGAUUUGUCCCCACUGCAGGUCUAACUCACGCUACAGGCAACGCUCCUUGCGCAACACUAUGA